CUCUACUCCGUAAGAGAAAGUAGCUCAAAGACGCUUUUCAUCACAGUGGAUGUGAAAAAGAAGUGGAGAGACAGAGAACAGUCCAAAGAAGUAUCAUUAUCGCACUGGAUUAUUUGACUUUUUUAUUUUUGUCCUAUUUUUGUGGAGGCUUGAUCUGUUGCGCCAACUGAACCGGACGCGUCGAAACUGAAUGUUUCUCUGUAUUGGUUGAAACAUUAAAGCCAGGUGAAUGUAUAGCAUGAUGAUGGAAACGGACCUGCACUCCCCAGGACCCCAAACCAAUACUAAUUCGGGACAAACCUUGCCGAACAACGGGAGCAAAGCUAACCAAGACCGAGUAAAAAGACCUAUGAAUGCCUUUAUGGUUUGGUCUCGGGGACAGCGGAGGAAGAUGGCACAGGAGAACCCCAAAAUGCACAACUCUGAAAUCAGCAAGAGGCUGGGUGCCGAGUGGAAAGUUAUGUCGGAAGCGGAGAAGAGACCCUUCAUCGACGAGGCAAAGCGGUUACGGGCCAUGCAUAUGAAAGAGCACCCGGAUUACAAGUACAGACCCAGGAGAAAGACCAAGACACUGCUCAAAAAAGACAAAUACUCUUUAGCCGGCGGUCUGCUUACCGGGGGUGGCGGCGGAGGUGGUGUCGGUCUUGGGGUCGGGGUGAGUCUAGCUGGGGUCGGACAGAGGUUAGACAGUCCCGGGAGUCACGGAGGCGCAGCUAGUGCCGGCUAUGCACACUUAAACGGCUGGGCAAACGGCGCCUAUUCGGGCCAGGUGGCAGCAGCAGCGGCGAUGAUGCAAGAAGCGCAUAUAGCUUACAACCAGCACCCGGGCAGCGGAGCGCACCAUCACCAUGCGCACCACCCGCACAACCCCCAGCCCAUGCACCGCUACGACAUGGCUGCCCUCCAGUACAGCCCCAUCUCGAACUCCCAGACCUAUAUUAGCGCCUCUCCGUCUGGAUACGGAGGGAUAUCUUACACACAGCACCAGAACACGACCUCCUCGGGCUCUAUCGGCGCACUGGGGUCUCUGGUGAAAUCGGAACCAAGUGUAAGCCCUCCGGCUACCGCUCACUCUAGAGCUCCCUGUCCGGGGGACUUGCGGGAAAUGAUAAGUAUGUAUUUGCCCACGGGGGAGCCUGGUGACCCGUCUGUUCAAAGCAGACUUCAUGCAUUGCCACAGCACUAUCAAAGCGCUACAACAGGGGUAAACGGAACGGUUCCACUAACACAUAUUUAAAAAAAGAAUAAUACGAUAAUUCAACCUGCAGCGAGCGUAAGAAAACUCGUAACCAAAUAUUUACCUCUUUUUAAAGGUCUUCACCUACCUACCUUUUGUACAGAAUGUUUUGGUGUUCUUGUAAAUUGAAGGUACAAAAUAUUUUGUUUGCAUUUUGAAACAGAAACGAUAUUGCAGAAAAAAAUAUUAGGAUUUCUGUUAAUUUUAAGUUUACUUUAAUUGAAGGCUAUCCAAAGUUUUGAAACAAAUGCGCUGUUUCAGUGAGUUUAGUGUAUCUAUUUACCUCGAUUUUAUUUGCAGAUUCCCAUGAGUUUUCAGAACUAACGAAACCGAAUAUGGUCCCUGUAUUUGAAGACACAUCAAACAUGUUUCAGUUAAAGAUUUCUUUAUUUUCCGUUUUACACAUGCGUUUGUAAACGUAAAAUUCUGCAUCUGGAUUUUCUUUCUGUUGUAAUAUUUCUUGAAAUUGUAUAUAAGUUUUGUAAUAUCCUAGAAGUUGUCAAGAGAGUGCAACUGUAAAUAGUUUACUAAAUGAAUUUCUGCCAGAAAAGAACGAUAUCAUGAUAUUGCGCUGAAUUAUGAGUUAAAUAAAUUUUGCAUAUAUGUUUCCCUGGUUCUGGAAAAAAGUGUAACAUAUUUCAUUGUUUGUCUCAUUUUGUGUUAUGAAUGCGAAUGCAAUUCAGUUUAAGUCCAUGUUCAUUUUAAAUAAAAUAUUAGGCUAUGUUCCCUCUCUAAUGACAGAAUGCCCCCGCUACACGCGCAAUGUAGCCUAUAGUGUCAAUAUUCUGAUCUAAAAUUUUAAAACAGACCGAUUCCUAGAAGUGAUUGCGAGGAACUUUAUAUACAAAACACAAGCUUACUAGUACCCAAAAGAAGAAUCUAACAAAUGGCAAUGGCAUGUAAUUACAUAUUAAUAAGUAAUUGUCGUUACUGAUUAAUCAGUAAUGAUCGACAUAAUUAAUUAUUACACAGCUUUGACAGCUUUGAGCUUUUGUUUAAUAUGAAUAGAUUGGCCCCGCGGGCCAAAGGUAACAUCGAUGAAAAAUCGCCGCAGAAAAAAAUAUUUUAAUCCAAUUAAUAUAAUUGUAAUAAUCAAAUUAUUAUUCAAAUGAAAAUUCAUGGCUAAUUUUCAGAUAGCCUGUAAAUUAUGGUAGCCAAACUGGUUGACGUAUCAGAUCAGAAUUUUAGAAAUAUGUGUGAUUUGUAUGAGUUAUUAUUAUUAUUAUUAUUAUUAUUAUUAUUAUUAUUAUUAUUAUUAUUAUUGCUGCUGUUGUUGUUGUUGUUGUUGCUGUUGUUGUUGUUGUUAUUGGCUUGUGUCAAAUUUAUGAUAGCCUAUAAAUGUAAGCAGAUUUUUUAAAGUACUCAUUGUUACACACACAAAUCCUAAGACAGUGUCUUUAAAGCUAAGCAAUUCAGUUACACUGUGAUGGGUAAAUAUGUUAUUUUAUAAUACAUUUUUGUUUUUCAGUUUAGUAUCAAUACGAUUUUUACGAGUAGGCCAUUCUGUUUAGAGUUGUGAGAAUUACAGUAGCCUAUUUCUGGGUAAUACAAUCGUUAUGCAAACUAAAGGCUCUUUUCUGAUUAAUCAUAAUUCUCUUGGAAGUGUUACAUUUGUUUGUAAAGUGGACAAAGUCUUUGUAAUGAAACUGUUAUUGGCAACGUGUUUAAUUACUCACUUUGAAGGUACGAACUAGUUUUUAAACGGUUCCCUUUCUGUUGACAUUGGUUCCAACACAUCAGCAUGUUGAUUUACAAAGGAAUCUUCGUCUUUUGCAUUUACUUAAAUAAUUGAAACAAACAGCGUACAGCUGAUAUAUGAAUUAAAAUGUUAAAUGGAUUGUGCCACCGCAUUUUUCACAUCAUGACAGAACAACGAGAGAGAAUAAACUAAUUACAUACAA